AUGUUCUCCAGUCAUAUACACUCCGGCGGAAUUCUAAGAGCUGCAAUCCCAUCUACGACGGACAACACAGCUUCCGCAGGCGGAGCCGCCGGCGUCGAGAGGCCGCCGAUGGAGAAAACCGGUGGUCCAGCGCCUGACGGACAGUCCCUGAGGUGCCCCCGUUGCGACUCUUCCAACACCAAGUUUUGCUACUACAACAACUACAGUCUCUCGCAGCCCCGCCACUUCUGCAAGGCCUGCAAGCGCUACUGGACCCGCGGCGGCACCCUCCGCAACGUCCCAGUCGGCGGGGGUUGCCGUAAAAACAAGCGCGUCAGGAAAUCCAGCGCCGCCCCCACGGCGGCGCCGCCCUCUCAGACCGAUCUCUCGCCCUCGGCCCCUCCUCUCUCCUUCCUCCCAAGCUCCUCUCCCAUCGCCACGGCUUCCGGCGACCUUGGGUUCCUAUUCUACAACCUCGCCAACUCGGCCCCCGAUGUGGGUCUGCCCGGCCUGCCGGCUCCGUACGACCUCAGCCUUGGCUUCCCCUCCAACACCGAGGAGGACUACCUUCCCCGCCUUAACCCGAUUGCAGCGCCUCUUCAAAGCUACGCUCUUUUUGGUACUCAGCCCGUAUCUUCCACCACCUCCGCUUGUCUCCUGUCCUCUAGCUUCAAAGAGCCGCAGCAUAACGAGGAGGCAAUGGAGAACCGACAGCUAUCGACCUUCUCCGGCAUCCACCAGCUUGUUGCAGAAGGGAGCCCGCCGAUCUUCAAAGAUGUCAAGCCCUUGUGCGGCACCAACGGGGUUAUGACCGUGAGCGCUAAUGGCAGGUCAGACUGGGAGAUCCCGUCAUGUGAGAAUGCCGUCGACUUCCCGCUCUACUGGAACGCCGCCGCCACCACGAUGGGCGGCGGUCUGUGGCCAGAUUCUGCCAACUACGGAUUCUCCAUCGCCCCUCUCAUUUGA